AUGUCUGAAGAAACUAGGAAAGGCCUCAAGAGGAGGUGUAUAUCGCUUGAAAAUAAAAUUGAAAUUAUAAAUCGGUUAAAAGAUGGUGAAAAAUUAUCGGCUAUUGCCAAAUCAACAAAUUUAAAUGAAUCAACCAUUCGAACCAUAAAUAAAAAUGCAGAUCAUAUAAGGAAAACUGUGGCAGAUGGGUGUCCUUCAGUUGCAAAACGUGUCACUCGCACGCGACCAUCUAUUAUGGUGAGAAUGGAACGAGGAUUGAUGAUUUGGUUAGAAGAUUGUAUAGCUAAAAGAAUUCCUAUAAGUGGAAAUCUUAUAAAACAGAAAGCUCUUAAAAUUUAUAAUCACUUAAAGAAUAACGGACCUUCACUACAUAACCAUUCGUUUGCCGCGAGUAAAGGAUGGUUUGACAAAUUUAAAAAACGGCAUGCCUUGCAUAAUAUAAAAUUUCAAGGCGAACAGGCAUCAGCAGAUUCAGAGGCUGCCGAAAAUUUUAAGCUGAAACUUGCUAGAAUUAUUAAUGAGGGAGGUUAUUCACCUGAGCAGAUAUUCAAUGCUGAUGAGACGGCUUUGUAUUGGAAAAAACUUCCAUCAAGGACUUUUAUUUCCAAAGAUCAAAGGCGUGCUCAGGGGUUUAAACUUUCCAAACAACGAAUUACUCUUCAUCUGUGCAGCAAUCUAUCCGGGAACAUGAUUAUGAAACCGAUGAUAAUAAAUUCUUCUUCAACUCCGCGUGCACUAAAAAACAUGAAUAAGACACGAUUGCCUGUAUUCUGGCGAUCAAAUAAGAAGGCCUGGAUGAGUCAAGAUUUAUUUAAGGAUUGGUUCUAUAAUUGUUUCAUCCCGGCUGUGGAAAUCUAUAUGAUAGAAAAAAAUUUGCAUUUUAAAGUUAUAUUGCUUCUUGACAACGCUGGUUGCCACAAUAUACAGCUAGACCAUCCAAAUGUGAAAAUAGUCUUUCUUCCUCCUAACUGCACAUCAUUAAUACAACCUUUGGAUCAAGGAAUUAUUCAAACUUUAAAAAUGUACUACACACGUCGAUUUUUUCAAACAAUUUUUGACAGACUAGAAAAUAGUAAUAAAACUCUUAUUGAAGUGUGGACUGAAUUUUCUAUUUUAGAUUGUAUUACAGCUUUAUCGUCGGUUUGCGAGGAAAUUAAACCAUCAACGCUUAACUCGUGUUGGAAGCCUCUUUUACCUGAAAUAGUUCACACAAUGCAAGAUGAUUCUACAAUUUCACUCCCAGCUGCAGAAAUAAUAAAUAUGGCUUCCCGCUUAUGCGAUGACGCCUUUGAAGUAAAUAUCGACGACGUACGACAACUUGUUCUCGAGGAAGAAACUUUGGAUGAGGAGGAAUUGAUAGAAUUAAUUGAUGGGCCUGCCUCAAAUACAUUGGUAAAUGAAACAGAUGAAAUCGAAUGGAUUCCACAUCUCGAUAUACAAGAUGUAGAAAAAGGAUUUAAAUUGGCGAAAGAAUUGGAACUUCAUUUUAUUCAAGCAGAUAAUUCAACAAUGCGAAGUGCAAAAUUUAAAAGAGAGUUAAACAGUUGUUUAGCUCCCUAUAGAGAAGUUUUACAAGAAUUGAAAAAAUAA